CUUUCCCGGCCCUCCCCCUCUCAGACACCCCAGCCCCCGCUUUUCCUUGACCCCAGCACCCCCUGGACCCCCACUCCUGCCUUCCACAGCCCCCACCCACCACCUUCCUCAACACCGGGGCCCGUGCACCCCCUUUCCUGGGCACAGGGACCCCCUGGACACCCCAUUGUUAUAAAAUUGACUCAAAACGAGUAAUUUCCAAUCAAAGAAUUUAUUAAUUAUUGAAGCAGUUAUACUACGAGUCCAUGUUAUCUCGGAGUUCUCUGCGCCUGCGCUGGUUGUUGCUAGGGGGUCAUCCUUCUGUCUCCUGGUGGUCGGUGAUAAAGGCUGCGGAGUCUUCCUCAGCCGCGUCUUCUUCACCCUAUGUCCUUAUUUGGUGACUUCUCUGUGGAAAAUUACCAAAAUCUUAUGAUUAACGCAAUAUGUGCCCUAUCAAGCUUAAGCAAGCAAAUGUCCUGCCUUGCAAACUGUGCCCUAUCAAGCUUAAGCAAGCAAAUAUGCUGCCUUGCAGACUGUUUAUCUGCCCCUGCCCCUUCCCCAGCUUUUCCCUGGUCGUUAUCUCUGUGAGUUAUCUGCUUGUACCAUUUGUCAGCGGGAAAGGUUUCCCUGCUGGGUGUUAAUCUGCCCCUGCCCUUUCCCCAGCCUUUCCCUGGUCGUUAUUUCUGUGAGUUAUCUGUUUGUACCAUUUGCUGGGUGGGACUAUGUGUGGGCUCCUGCAACCCCUUCCCUGGUAUCCUUGUGGCUCAUAUCUCAUGAAGUAGUACAGAAAUAGUCAGCAGACAACUCUUGUAACACACUGGUCUCUUUUUCGUGAGGAACAAAAUGUAGUCCCUCAUCUCACCGUCCUGUCCUUGUCCUUCCUCGCCCAGAGCAGGAGCUGAGCAUGGAGAGCAGGGAGGACAAAUGCCCGUGGCAGAACCUGGUGGCAGAGGCCGUUUUGAGCGGCUCCACGGCGCAGGAAGCCAACGGGGAGGAAAAGGCCCGGAGAUGCCGCACGAGGAGGGGCUGCAAACGCAGAUGGCGGGGACCUGAGGGGGAAAGAGCCAGCCUGGGCCGGGAAGGCGGCCGGAGAUGGAGGCAGAGCUCGGAGCUGGUGCUCCAUGAGCAGCUCCAUGAUGGGGAGAAGCCCCACACGUGCGAGGAAUGUGGGAAGAGCUUCAGGUGGAACUCCGAGCUGAUCAGGCACCAGAGGAUCCACACUGGGGAACGGCCCUACGAGUGUGGGGAUUGUGGACAGAGUUUCAGGAGGAGCUCUGACCUUAUCAAGCACCAGAGGACCCACACUGGGGAACGGCCCUAUGAAUGUGGGGAGUGUGGGAAGAGCUUCAGCCAGAGCUCCCACCUUAACUCGCACCAGAGGAUCCACACAGGGGAGAGGCCCUAUGAGUGUUCCGCGUGUGGGAAGAGGUUUCAGACCAGCUCCAGUCUCCUCCGGCACUAUCAGAGUCACACAGAGGAGAGGCCUUUCCAAUGCCCCGACUGCAGGAAGGGAUUCAAGCACAACUCCACCCUCGUCAGGCACCGGCGCAUCCACACAGGGGAGAGGCCCUACGAGUGUCCCCAGUGUGGGAAGAGCUUCUCCAGCAGCUCUCACUUGACCCGACACCAACGGAGGCACCGGUAAGGGAAGCCCUGCGAGUGCCCCGAGUGCGGGAAGAGCUUCGUGCGCUGCUGCAGCUCCAUCCCCCACUGGAGGAGGCACUUUGGGCACAGCCCUGGUCACUCACAUUCCCUGUGAUCCAUGUUGGGAACACUCCUGGCUGCUUGUCCUUUGGUUUGGCCUGAAUUUUUUUCUCUUCUCCAUGUGUUUCCACUCCAAAAGCCAAGAGUGAUGGAUCUGUCACUUCAAAACCACUCAAAUCCCUCUGAAAAUAACUGAAUUUUAACCCAAAAAGGCUCAAUCCUACCUCAAAUUCCUUGUUCCCUCCUCAAAAAAACUCAAUCCCAUGCCAAACUCACUCCAUUCCACAGCCACCAGGGUGAGAUGGUGUUAGAAGGGGACUGGGAGAAGUGGGAUCCCAAUUUGGAGCAAUGGGAUGGGGAUUGUGUGGGGCUGGGUGUGUAGGAUGUAUUUGAUAGCAAAUAAAACUUUCAGAGUUACUGAUUUCUGUCCCGUUCAUUUUCAGUCAGUUCUGUUUGCAGAGUGCCACCUUCUCAGCUGAUUCAAUUCCUAUAAAAGUCCCAUUUUUUAAAUCAUCUAGCCUCUAACAAUUAAAAAACCGAUAUCCAAAUAAAACCACGCACCCCCAAUAAACCUUUUAAAAAUAA